AUGAAUUCGCAAAGCCGGAAGCAGAAGGAUUUUGGCCUCCUCGAGGAAGCCACCCUGCUGGGUUCGACGAAGGAAGGGCUGCGCGUCCACGAGCCGAGGAAGCGACUCCUGUUCUCGUAUGAAGUGAGAAAUUUGGACGUUUUCAGCGUGGGACGGCAAACGCUUCCAUUUCGGACGUACGGCAAGGUCAUCGUUCUCACCGGUGCCAACGGAGUCGGAAAGACGACCUUGAUGAGCACGAUGUUGAACUACAUGCUGGGCGUGGAUUUUGAGGACGACGAGAGACUUCAGAUGGUUCAGUCAAGAAGAGACCCGCUGAAGAACAAAUCCCGCGCGGUCACCGCCUACGUCGUCCACCCGCAGAAGGCGCAAGGCCGGCGCACGCACCCGAUCACGAUCGUGGACACGCCGGGGUUCGAGGAGACGGAGGGGCUGGGCGGCGACACCGUCUCCACGCUGAUGGCCCUCUUCCAGCACAGAAGGGGCAUCGACUCGCUCCAUUCCGUCGGGAUGGUCGUCUCCGCUGCGACCACGAGGUGGACGGCCGGUUACGCCCAAGCCAUCCAGCAGCUUCAAAGAAUCUUUGGCACGGACGUAGUCAACAGCAUCCACCUCUUCGUCACCUUCGCUGACGCCAGGCAUUCUUCCGUCCAGGACAUGGUGGAAAGGGCUGGAAUACCUCAUAAUGGAACGUAUCCAGUCGACAAUCGAUGCCUUUUCAAUAGGAACCAAGAAAAGAAGCCCGCUUGGGACGAAACGAUGAGAAGCAUGGCAAAAUAUUUUGCGAUAUUAUCGGAUGCCAUCCCAGUGAGCGUGAUCCGGACCCGGGAAUUCCUCAUGCGGAGAGAGGGAAUCGAGAACCACGUCAAAGAUCAGCUGGAAAAAGUAAAAAAAGUUUCCCGGUUGACACAAGGUCCUCCACAUCCAAAGGAUUUCCCCGAAGCUGCUGCAAAAGUUCUGAAAGAAAGAGCUAACACGCUGGAAAUUUUCAUUUCAGGACUGGAAACCUUGGAGCUCCUCCAAACCGCUUCCAACGUCUUGAAGAAGAGCAUCGCUCAGGAGGCGAGCCAGGAAAAGCUCACGGAAAUCAGGAAACUCUAUCGGACCACCCAGCUGAAGGUCCACAAGCUGAUCCGCGACUCACACGCUAAUCUAUCCAAGCUGGAAGAAAGUGCCCCGAAACGGGAUGCAUUCCCCUUAAUCGCGCACAUCGACUUCCUCAUCCAGCUGGAGCUGGAUGAAGGACACCAAGGACAGGCAGCAGCCCUGAAGGUCACGCGCGCGGCCGCAGAGUGGAUGGCAUCCGUAAGGGACGAGGCAUAUUGGGAUUGUUUCUUUCUAUCACUCUCCGAUCCAGAGGAGACCGACCAUUUCGUCGCGUUUGAAGAAAAUGACUCUGACGCCCAGCUCCCGCUCGAGCCUGAAGGUCUUCUUAGGACUCUCAGGAAAUGCAUCAGUAAUCGUUUCUCAUUGGGAAAUCAUUACUUGUACCCAGCCUUGUACAAAAUACCAGCAUCAUCCGACCCGGUCCUGUUGCUAUGCAUUCAACAGGACGCAGACAGAGGGAACGCGCCAAACCCAAUCGGGAGUCAGGGACGCAUCCCCGAUGGCCUCCACUCCAAAGGUACAGGAAGACCUUCAGAAUAUGUCCUAGGAAAGAAAAACGGAUACGAUUUGUGCGAACUGAAGAAAGAGAUGGUUGUUAAGGAGAAUGGCUUUGGCAUCUAUCAUGUCAUGAAGCCCGAUACCCCCGUCACCAACGUCGGGAAGGUCGUCAUGUUCGUCGGGGUGACCGGGGCAGGCAAGACCAGCAUGAUCAACUCGCUAAUCAACUACCUCCUCGGAGUAGAAUUCGAUGACGAAUUCCGUUUCAAACUCAUCCAUGAAAAAGUCACCGAGUCAUAUCACAGUAUCACGGAUGAGGUUUCCGCUUAUAUCGUGCACGCCCAGCACGGAUCGAGAUACCCGCACAAUUUGAUCAUCAUCGAUACUCCGGGAUUCGGUGAUACGCGAGGCUUACAAGCUGACAAAGAGUUGCUCCAGAAGCUUAAGAGGUUCUAUGACGUGGGAAAGAAAUGGAACAUCACUCGAAUCCAUGCCGUGGGCCUUGUCGUUAAAUUGAGCGACUGUAGAAUCACGACGGAGCAGAAGUACGUUUUCGAGUCGGUGUUGAGCGUUUUUACGAAAGAGGUGGAGCCCGCUUUCGUUGCCGUCGUAACGUUUGCGGACGGAAGUUCGGAUCCCCCCGGUCUCAAGGUUUUAAAGGCGGCUGGGAUCCCCUACAACGACGUUUUUCUGGUCAACAACUCGCCCGUCUUCUCUCACUGCAAGGAGGGGAACCUGGACAUGAAAAGGUACCUGUGGGACACCAACUUCGAGAAGGUGAAGCUCUUCUGCGAUCGGUUGGAGUCCUGUGAGGAUGCAUCCCUCGACACCACGAGGAGGGUGCUGCACGAAAGACUCGCCAUGGAAGGCAUCACGCUUCGCUUGCAGAAGGAAGUUCAAAACGGAAUGGACAUUCUGAAGCUUCUUGAAGUCACCUACGGUGCAUUUAAGAAGGGCAGCGCUGAGAAGACCAACAAGGACAAGCUAAAAAAGUUAGGGAAAGAGUUUAGGGACGUCCAGUUGAAAGUGCACAAACUCAUCGGUGACGCUCGAGCCAGCUUUUCCAAGCUGGAAGAAAUCGCCCUUAAACCGGAAUCGGUGACCAUCACAGAGUACAUCGAAUUGCUCAUCCGGAAGGAGCGCGACAAUGGGGAUGUUGAGAAACUGAAAGCGCUUGAAGCCUCCCGCAAGGCGGCGGAGUGGCUCUCAGCCAUGAGGAAGCAGGCGGAAUGGGAUCCUUUCCAAGAUUGUCUCGCCGGUCUGAGAAAGAUCGGCCUUCAACUCGCAUUUGACGGCGGAGACUGCAACGUCCAGUUCCUCUAA